AUGAGUAGUGUUGUUUUGAAAGAAGCUUUCGAAGUUGAAUCUAAACAUGGUGCUUUUUAUACAGGAGGAAAAGUUCAAUGGAGUACAGAUGGACAAUAUAUAUUUUGUCAAAAAUAUGGUACAGUUUCUAUAUUAUCAGUAAAGAAAGGUAUAGUAAUAUCUUACUUAGGAGAAAGUAAUAAUAAUGAAGAAGAUACAAUUAAUACAUUUAUUGCAAGUAAUAAUAACUUAAACAUUAUCACACAUCAUAAAAGUGGUCUUUUCAAAUUAUGGAAUUGGAAAGAUAAUAAAUUAAUUAAAUUAUGGAAGUCUAUUCACAAAGGUCCUGUAGUUCAUAUUGCUCAUUCCAUGGAAAAAAAUUUGAUGGCUUCUGGAGGUAGUGAUGGUAUUGUCAGAUUAUGGAAUUUACAAUAUCAUACUUGUACUCAUAAUUUAAAAGGAGUUCAAGGAGUUAUAAGCAUUUUAGUUUUUCAUCCAAAUAUUGAUAAAGAACUUAUCUUUGCUGCUGGAGAUGAUAUUAGAAUUCAUGGUUGGAAUAUUAAAACUGGUGAAGAAGAAAUUACGCUUUCUGGACAUUUCAGUAAAGUUACAUCUUUAUCUUUUAUUAAAGAUAAGGAUUAUUUAAUUAGCUCAGGAAGAGAUAGAGUACUCAUUUUAUGGGAUCUAACUUCUGGAUCAUCAAUACGAGUUGUACCAGUUUAUGAAGAAAUAGAAGAUACAUUUAUUAUAUCUAAAAAUUUAUCACUACCUUUUUAUAACAAAGAUGAAAAUGCUAUUCAUAUUGCUACUGCAGGAGAAAAAGGAAUUGUAAAAAUUUGGGAAAUGAAAACUGGUAAAGAAGUAUAUGUACAAAAAAAUUCCAUUGUAUCAGCUGCAAAAGAAACAGAAACUCUCUCGAUUACACAUUUACUUUAUAAUGAUAUCAGUAAUAACUUUGCUGUAGUUACAGUUGAUCAUAAUAUAAUUAUUCAUUCAUUAGAAACAUUUGAAUGUAUAAAACAGUUAAUAGGCUACAGUGAUGAAAUUUUGGAUAUUGUAUUUCUUGGAGAUAAUGAGAGCCAUAUAGCAAUUGCUACUAAUAGUUGUGACAUAAAAUUAUACAGUACUUUAACUAUGAAUUGCGAAUUGUUACGUGGUCAUAUAGAUAUUGUGCUAUCUCUUGCUACAACACCUGCUAAUGUCUAUUUACUUAUAUCUGCAGCAAAGGAUAAUAGUAUUCGUGUAUGGCUUAUGGAUAAACAAACAAAUAAAAUAUCUUGCAUUGCAUCUGCUAUUAGACAUACUGCUCCUAUUGGUUCUAUUGCAAUUUCUCAAACAUCUUUCAAAUUUUUUGUUUCUGUUAGUCAAGACUUAUGUCUUAAAUUAUGGAAUUUACAAAAUGAUAUUGAAUUUAAAGGUAUAUGCUCUUUAAAUGUUAUUCAUACAACAUUGGCUCAUCAAAAAGAUAUUAACAGUGUAACUAUUUCACCAAAUGAUAAAUUAAUUGCUACUGGAUCUCAAGAUAAAACAGCUAAGUUAUGGUCUGCUGAUUUACAAUUACUUGGUGUAUUUCGUGGACAUCGUAGAGGAGUUUGGUGUGUGCGAUUUUCACCCAUAGAUCAAGUACUUCUAACAGCAUCAGCAGAUUGCACAAUAAAACUUUGGUCAUUAACAGAACUUCACUGUUUAAAAACACUUGAAGGUCAUGAAUCAUCAGUAUUAAAAGCAGAAUUUUUGUCACGUGGAAUGCAAAUAAUUACAGCAAGUGGAGAUGGUCUUUUGAAACUUUGGAAUAUUAAAACAUCAGAAUGUACAUGUAUUUUAGAACAGCAUGAAAGCCGUGUAUGGUCACUUGCAGUUAGUAAAAAUGAAAAAACUAUUAUUAGCGGUGGAAGUGAUUCAUUGUUAAUAAUUUGGAAAGAUGUAACUGAGGAAAAAAAAAUAAAAGCUGCAAAAGAAUUAGAACAAAUUGCAUUAGAAGAACAAAAAUUAUCAAAUUUAUUUAAAGCAAAUGAGUUAACUUCUGCAUUAAAAUUAGCUUUAAAAUUAGAACGUCCUUUUCAAGUUCUCAAAAUUGUAGAAACUAUGUUAAAAAAAAAUAAUUUUCAUCUUGAAAAAACAAUUCAUGAAUUAAAACCAAUUUACAAAGAAGAACUGCUGAAAUGUGCUAUUACAUGGAAUUUUAAUAGUAAAAAUUGUCAAGUUGCUCAGAUAAUUAUAAACACAUUAAUGAUGGAAAUAGAAAAUUUGGAAUUUCAAACAAAAUUAACUUCCACAUUGGAAUCUAUGAUACCAUACACUAAACGUCAUUAUAUAAGGAUAACAAAAUUAUUAGAAAAUUUGCAUUUAUUUAAUUAUACUCUCAAUCGUAUGAAACCACGGAUUACAAUUGUAGAAAUGAGCUAAAUAUGUAAUUAACGAAUUCUAUAAAGUUCUGUAAGAUUUUACAUAUUUUUUAAUAUAUUUUUAUUUUUUCAAUAUAAA